AUGGAAGUAGGUGAAGGAAGAAACAGCACUACAGUUACCUGGUUCAUCCUCGUGGGAUUCUCUGAAUUUCCAAAGCUCACAGUCUUCCUCUUUUCAAUAUUCCUAGGGAUCUAUCUCAUGACAAUGUUCUGGAACCUGGGUCUUAUUGUCCUGAUCAAGAUAGACUCCUACCUGCACACACCCAUGUAUUACUUUUUGAAUAAGCUUGCAUUCUUAGAUAUGGGCUAUGUUUCCUUAUCAUCCCCUAAGAUGCUUUCAGACUUCUUCCAGAAGCAGAAAUCCAUUUCUGUUACAGGAUGCCUUAUGCAGUACUUCUUCUUAUCUAGUUUUGGUCUCACUGAGACCUGUCUCUUAGUGUCCAUGGCUUAUGAUCGAUAUGCUGCCAUUUGCAACCCUCUACUUUACACAGCCAUUAUGUCCCCUACCCACUGUCUGAAGAUAAUGGUAGGAUCCGGCAUAACUGGAUGUUGUGGUUCAUUCAUCCAACUGUGUGGUUUACUUCAGCUCCAUUUCUGUGGGCCAAAUGUCAUUAACCACUUCUUCUGUGACCUGCCCCAACUGAUGAUGCUAUCUUGCUCUGACACCUUUUUCUUACAAGUUAUAAUUUCUGUGAUCGCAGUGAUCUAUGGAAUUGCCUCUGUCCUGAUUAUCACGAUAUCCUAUGGUUAUAUCAUUGCCAGUAUUUUGAAGAUCAGUUCAGCCAAAGGCAGGUCCAAGGCUUUCAACACUUGUGCUUCUCAUCUAACAACAGUGAUCCUUUUUUAUGGUUCAAGUACUUUUGUGUAUUUAUGCCCAAGCUCCGAUUAUUCUCUUAGCCAAAGUAAACUGGCUUCUGUUGUAUACACUGUAGUAAUUCCCAUGUUAAAUCCAUUGAUCUAUAGUCUAAGAAACAAGGAAAUUAAAGAUGCCUUAGACAGAUGGAAGAAGAGAAUUUUUUCAUGA